UGAUCUGGAGAGAGAAAGGAGGGAAAUAUAAGCUACUGGACGUCCCUCACGUGGAGCUGCCGCGGUCGACCUGCUCAGCCACCGCCCCCACCCCAAAACGGCGGUCCAUGGCUAGCCAUGGGGCAGAAGGGGUCCGCUAGUCUCUAGGACCAUGAAGUUUUGGCUAUGGGGAUACCUGGGCUGACUCCUCUCCUGUUAAUGUUGGGAUUCCUGGCACCAGCGCUCCUUACGACCCCCGAGCCCAUGUGCGACCAGCGUGUCAUGAACAAGUACAUCCAAGAUGUCAGCAAGGCUGAGAGCGAAAUCGUAGAACUUUGUAGAACUUCCUGCAACCUGCCUGAACCUGUCAUGGUGCUGGACACCGGAGUCAACAUACGUAGCUGGAGAAAAAUGAAUAGGACGAGGCAGGCGUCCGAGGUGUGGAGAGGCCAGACCCUCCUUUCGAGGGCCAUCAGCCAAGUCCAAAGGCAUCAUUCAGCCAUGCAGCCUUUUCUCCGCCAGCUGGAAGUGAUGGAAAGCUGUCUGCGGAGCAUCAGAAACAUCUUGCGUGGCCACGGAGCCCAGGAAGCCCCCCAAGAUGACGUCUCGACCCGCACCCUGACCGUACAGACCAUGAAAAAGCUGUUCAGCGUUUACUCGAGUUUCAUCAGGGGGAAAGUCAGCCUGUACAUUACAGAGGCCUGUGCCAGGUGACGGAGGGAGACCACCACCACCACCAACGCAUACCACUCCGCAUGCUGCUGCCAUCCCCAACCGUCCACUGCUGGAGGGGAUGGGUGCCCCUGUGUUGCCAGCUGAGUGACAGCUUGAUUUGAUUGGCAGGUGUCAACCACACGCACGCACACAUGCAUGUGCACACCCGGGUUCCGUGCGGACUGCCUCUCUCAGCCGGGGGGGAAACUUUGACUCGCUUGCUUUUGUGGACGCCCAGGAGCCGGCGACACUCAUCCCUGCACAUUCACACAUACACAGACUUCCACUGCCCUCUGUGGUUCCUGACCCUGCCCGAAAGAGAAAACAAGAGCUUGGUUUAUGGAAGGUCUGGUGCCUUGUCU